AUGCCGCGCCAAGCAGAACAAAGCAGCUCUCUUAGCCCAAGUGUAAGGGCUACACAGACAGCUGCCAAGCUGCAGAGGCCACAGCCUGGCAACAGAUACUCCAUGAUCUGUGCUGUGGGCCUAACUGCUAACUUGGCUAUCAUUUCUGUGAUCCCGAGGGCACCGAAGAUGAAAACGGUAACUAACGUGUUUACCCUGAACCAAGCUAUUGCUCAUGGUGCCGCCAGCCAACAUCACUGAGUACCUGAUAUACAACACUGGCUCUUUGGGGAGCCAUUCUGCAAACUGGGGCUGACCAUUGACUACUACAUCGCCAGCAUCUACUCCCUGGUUGUGACGAGUGUGGCCACUGUGCAAUCUUGCCAAUUGCCUAGGCACACCCAGAGGGGGGCAGAAGUUACCAGCCUUUGUAUCCGGCUAGCUGUCACCAUCAUGGUUCUGCCCCUCUGUUCCUUUGCCCAUAUCUACAGCAAUGAGUUACAGGCACCCAGCUGUGGGCUAAGUUUCCUGAGGCCAGAGUGGGCCUGGUUUCAGGCCAGCCACACAUACAUGUUCGUUCUCGGUUUCGCAGUGCUGUUGUGCAUCAUCUGCCUGUCCUAUGUGGACCUGCCACACAGACUUCAUAACAAGAAGCUCCACUCUGGCACCAAGGUUCUGAGAAAGGCCAAGAGGGAGGCCCUCGCUGUGUCGGUCAUGUGCUUUCUCUGCUGGAUGCCCUUCCACCUGGCUGUGCUGGCCCUGGCUGCAGGCCUGCCCCACACAUCCCUGGUUAUUGGUAUCUCCUAUGCCAUCACCAGCCUGGGCUAUGUCAGCUCAUGCCUCAGUCCUUCCUUGAACUCAUUCCUGAAUGACAACUUCUGCAGGAAUUUACCGUAA